AAAAAACUGAACUUAUUAGUUCACUCCUCAGGGCUGGGCUACAGGUAUACAGGCAGAGACUUUACCAUGUCAACCCAGCAACACCCCCAUCAACAAGGACACAACUCACCUUCUCAGUAAAGAGACAAACGUGCCCCAAGAAUUCUCAGAAGGCUCAAAGAAGAUGUCCACAGACACGGUGAUUCAUGAACCCGGUUACAACCACCACUACGGUCAAAGCACGACGGGCAUCAUCAUCCCUUCACACGUCACAGGACUGAGCAACUCUGCACCUAGAUCUAGUCCAGCUCUGCCACAGCUGGUGUUUCCACACUCUUCAAAAGGACUGAAGAGGAGGAAGAGGGACUGGUUCAUUCCCCCCAUCAGCGUCUCGGAAAAUGAAAGAGGCCCCUUCCCAAAACCCAUGGUGCAGAUCCGAUCCAGCCGGGAUAAGGAAGUGAAGGUGCAAUACAGCAUCACUGGGCCUGGGGCAGAUGAGGCCCCUGUUGGGCUUUUCAUCAUUAACAGGGAUACUGGCUGGCUCAGUGUCACCCAGCAUUUGGACCGAGAGAAGGAAGCUAAAUAUGAAGUAAGUUUGUUUUUCCAGCAACAAGACGCUCUUGGCUCACGCUGUCGCUUUGGGUGA